AAAUUCUAUUAAACACUUUUGCGCGAAUGCAACCCUUCASUAGCAAUUAACUAAUCAGCUCAACUAGCAUGUAAAACGCGUAUGACUUGUGACAGCAUUGUAUGGUGAUAAAGAAAAUUUUGUGGUUGCGCAUGUGAAAUUUCUUAGCGUUACGUAUGCAUAUUUCACGAAUAACUUUCUGGACAAUUGGUUUUCUUUCGAAAUUUGAAUUUGAAUUGCAUGUAAAGAAUAGCGGAAGUAGCACAACGCAACGGACAUUGUGCAUUACAGCGGAUGCAUUUAAGGCAAAACAAGGAAAUUGUGAGCUGAAAAAUCAAUGAAAUGCUGCAAACUGGCGCAACCGUCAACGGACCAGCAAUAAUGAUGAACCAAUUACCGACGCCCAUGGGUCCGCAAACGCCAACGCAGGCUGCAGCAGAGCAACCCAACAACCAACGGCGCAUUGCGGAACCUCUGCAUAUCCAACGGCUGGAGGCGGCUUUAAAUAUGCGACCUUUCAUGGAACACGCAAAAAAGGUGUUAUCACAACCGCUCAGCAGUGGUGAUGAUUCUAACGCUACAGAAGAAGAACAACAAGGCGCGGGCGUUACGGACAAUUCUGAUGAUGAGGGUGGUGGUGCACGCAAAAAACGCACCCGGCGACUUGGUACCAAAGAAGAGCGCCAAAGUGUCAAAACGCAUUUAUUCAACUUCAAUGACAUUACAAAUGAAAGGGAGUGGCUGUACGACGUGCUGCUCAGCGAUACUGAUACUGAGACGGAAAUAAGUGACGAAGAUGAUUAUGUAAAAGAAUUACUGAAAACACAUAUAUUCGAACAGAGACAUCGCGAAAACUUCUAUAAAAAGACAACGAAUACUCAAUACGCAUAUUACGGUGCUGGUGUGCUCUCCAACCAUGACAUGUUUCCCGAACAUCAACAAUCUAUAGUAGGCGUGCGUAAACGUAGGCGGCGCACUAAGAAGGAGAAGCCCAUAAAACCGCCGAAGUUGCCGAAAGAGCCCAAAAUGCGUAAGCCACGCAAACCAAAAGUCGAACAACCUGAGCCUGGWGAAAUCCCACCGUCCGAAUUGAAUAAUUAUGCCUUUGGUGACACUUCCGCAGUUAAUGAUGAGGAUGACAAUAUAACCGAUGAGUUGGAUAGCACUUUAGAUGCCAACCUAUCACUACUACCACCGAGUGGUGUGCCACAUAGCGGACGUGGACGUCGUCGUAAGAGUCAGCAAGCACGUACACCCGAAGUAAUGGCAGCACGGCGACGWCGUGUCUGGCAAUUGAUGGCCAAAAAGGAGCUUGGUCGCUGUCAGCGCGGCAAGGCCAACAAUCACAARGAAGUGCUGCAAAAUUGCAAACGUGUGGCCACUAUGUGCUCGAAGGUUGUGCGCCAACGCGCUAUGAUUUCACAAAAAGUCAUGAAGGAGACCGUGUGGCGCGCCAAACGACUCACGCGCGAAAUGAUGGGCUACUGGAAGCGCUAUGAGCGUGUGGAGCGCGAUACGCGUCGGCGCAUGGAACGCGAAGCCGAGGAGCAGCGCAAGAUGGAUGUUGAAAUCAUAGAGGCCAAGCGGCAGCAAAGAAAACUAAACUUCCUCAUCACACAAACGGAGCUUUACGCGCAUUUUAUGUCGAAAAAGUUGGGUCAGGGCACUGAAGAGGAGCAACUGCGUAUACUAAAUCAAUUGGAUGAGGAGAUCAAUCCGCGUUUAGCCGCUUACGACGACUAUGAUGCUGAUCACUACAARUCGUUGGCGCAGAAGAACGCUGAACUGGCUUUCUCUGCUGAUCGCGAUAAGACGCGGCGUUUCGAUGUGGCGGCGCAUUUGAAGCAGGAGAACGAGUCUGCAGACAGCAGUGCCAUGGAGAAAAUUAAAAAAGAAGAGGAUGAAACGGAGUCGUCAGUGCCAGUGACACCGGCAAAGGCCGAUGUGCCGCAGCCUGAAAUGUUUAAAGGCACACUCAAGACCUAUCAAAUUAAGGGUGUAACCUGGCUCGCUAAUCUCUAUGAYCAGGGCAUUAGCGGCAUACUCGCCGACGAGAUGGGUCUCGGCAAAACUGUGCAGUCAAUUGCAUUUCUUUGCCAUGUGGCCGAGCGCUACGGUGUUUGGGGUCCAUUUCUAAUCAUCUCGCCGGCGUCGACGCUGCACAACUGGCAGCAGGAGAUGCAACGUUUCGUGCCGGACUUCAAUGUCGUGCCCUAUUGGGGUUCGCCGAAUGAGCGCAAAAUUCUGCGUCAAUUUUGGGAGCAAAAGGAUCUGCACACGCGUGACGCCAGCUUUCAUGUGGUCAUCACAUCGUAUCAACUGAUCGUAUCCGACUACAAAUACUUCAAUCGAAUUAAGUGGCAAUACAUGGUGUUGGACGAGGCACAGGCCAUAAAGAGCGCCUCCUCGAUGCGCUGGAAGCUGUUGCUCGGCUUCAAUUGCCGCAAUCGGCUGCUGCUCAGCGGUACGCCCAUACAAAACAGCAUGGCUGAGCUGUGGGCGCUCUUGCAUUUCAUUAUGCCCACACUCUUCGACUCGCACGAUGAGUUCAACGAAUGGUUCUCGAAGGAUAUUGAGUCGCAUGCGGAGAAUAAGACGGGCAUCGAUGAGAAGCAAAUAUCACGUCUGCAUAUGAUACUCAAACCAUUCAUGUUGCGACGCAUCAAAAAGGAUGUGGAGAAUGAGCUCUCCGAUAAGAUUGAGAUUAUGGUCUACUGCCCGCUGACCAUACGMCAGAAACUGCUYUACAUGGCGUUAAAGAAGAAAAUACGCAUCGAGGAUUUGUUGCAUUUCACUGGAGGUGGCGCGGGUAGCGCCGGUGAUGGUCAUCAUUUCGAUAAGAAUUUCACAUCAAAUCUCAUGAACUUGGUCAUGCAGUUCCGUAAGGUAUGCAACCAUCCCGAGCUCUUCGAGCGACGCGACGCGAAAAGUCCGUUUGCCAUGCGCUGUGAGGAGUAUGUGCUGCCGCGUUUGGUCUACUCCGAAUGCUUGCUGCAACGCGCYUUACCCAGCAAGCGGCAUUUGCUGUUCAAUAGUUACUCCAUCUUCAAGGCGGCUUAUAUGCAUAGAACGCUCUUCAGUGAACCGCAUUCCGGUGGUACCAAAAAGACCAGUGAGCACUAUGCGCGCUAUGUGGACUUGAAUGCCAGCGACAGUUGCUGUUUCAGUUUCGCGCGUUUGUGCGAUCUCUCGCCGCGUGAUUUGGAGGAUGUUACCAUCAACGGACUGAUUACCUGCAUACUUCACUAUCGCCGCCGAUUGCUGCAAUAUGCUUUGCUCGCCUACCGCCGUCAAUGGUGGCCACAUCAUAAGUCCACGCGCUUUCAGCUCUUGGAACCGACGYUGGAGCAAUCGCUGCAGCCUAGUUUUAUGUUGCAACAAAGUGUUUUGCGYAAUUUCCUCUUCACUGGUGUGACGAGCCGUGAGAGCACCAUUUAUGCCUUCGGGGGUUACAAAACGGUGAAUAUACAGGAAACGAUCGAACACCGUGUUAUACGCAGCAAACGCAUUGGUGAUCCGACGCAAAAAAUGSMGCACAUGCGUUUCAAUGAAGAUYUGGACAUAAAAACGGAAUAUGAUUUGGAGAGCAGGGUAGACGGCAGCAGCACGCCAGCCAAGUCACAUAAGUCCACAUCGAAGCAUAAAGAUGAUGUCAGUGGCAACGCYAAGUUGCUGCCCGAAUUUCCGCACGUGCCACGCACACCCACCGUAUACCAGUGCGAGGCGCUCGAAAUGCCGCGYUUUCUCUACGGACUCAGUCAGCGCGUACAGGCCGUCAAGCGAAACUUAUAUUGUGAGAGCCGCGACGCUGCUUGGGCUCAAAUACGCCACCUACAGUGUGAGAACGCCGUAGGUUUGCAGUUGGUAAACACUGCGCUGGAGCUGUGUCGCCCGCGCUAUGGCUGGUCGUCGAUUGUUGUGCCGGAUAAGCAAACGCUCGUGUCCGAUGCCGGCAAACUGGCGGUGCUGGAUAGCUUGYUGACGCGCCUCAAAGCGCAGGGUCACCGUGUGCUUAUCUACUCACAAAUGACGAAAAUGAUUGAUUUGUUGGAGGAGUACAUGUGGCAUCGCAAACACCGCUACAUGCGCCUGGAUGGUUCGAGUAAGAUUUCGGCGCGUCGUGACAUGGUGGCCGAUUUCCAGACGAGAGAAGAUAUUUUUGUUUUUCUACUAUCCACACGCGCUGGCGGUUUGGGUAUUAAUUUAACGGCAGCGGAUACGGUGAUUUUCUAUGACUCCGACUGGAAUCCGACCGUCGAUCAACAGGCUAUGGAUCGUGCGCAUCGCCUUGGACAAACCAAACAGGUGACCGUUUACCGACUAAUCUGCAAGGGCACCAUUGAAGAGCGCAUCUUGCAGCGUGCACGCGAGAAGAGCGAGAUUCAACGUAUGGUCAUAAGUGGUGGCAACUUCAAACCCGACACUCUCAAGCCAAAGGAAGUGGUCUCAUUGUUGCUGGAUGAUGAAGAAAUUGAACUGAAGUAUCGCCAAAAAGUUGGUCCGGAUGCACCGUCCACCAGCCAAAAUAGAGAUGUACCCGGUGUAAGCAACGAUAAGAAACGCCAACGCAAUCCAAAUAAGCAAUCGCAACCAGGUGGCAUCACCAUACCGGCAACAGGUAGCGGCAUUGAAUCCGGCAUACGUGGCGACUCACCGGCCAUGAAGCGCCCGAAACUGGAUGCCAGCGGCACAAAUGAUGAUGACUCCAUCGAUGUGGCUGCCACAUCGGGCACCUCGAGUCCGAGCACCAGCGCUGCCACAGCAACGGGCGGCAAUAUGGAACCAUUUGUGCCCGGCGCCACCACCGUUAUGCACCACGACGACUCCGAUAACGAGGCGCUGAUCGUGGACUGCGAGAGUCCGUUGCAUGGUGCCGAAUCGCCCACGCUCUUUGGUGACUAUGGCAAUAUUGGACGCAUUCGUCGGCGCCAUCAUCCGCGUGGCACGAAACGUGGUCGGCCACGUGGCAGCACCAGGCGUGGCGGCGGCAAUGGCUCUAUGGGACGUUCAAUUUCAUCACCGGGUAAUGCAAAUGUAACAAUGCCCGGYACGCCAGGUGGAGAAGAUGGCGCGCACGCACCGUUACUCACGAAUUUAGGCGCUGCCGAAACCAGCUUCACCUCCACCGUGCCAACACCGGUGAAACGCGGUCCUGGACGUCCACGGCUCAAGACAGCCGGCCCGACAUAUGUGGGUACACGCGGCGCCCCACGCACACGCAAGCCCAUCGGUCCGUUGGUCGUGCCACUCGGCCACAGUCCCGGCGCCACACCAAUGACACGCAGCCCAGCUGUUAGCCGCGCACCAAGUCCCAGCUUUUCGGAACGCAGCAGCUACAGCACCACGGGUGCUGGCAUUAGCACGUCACAAACUAGUGGCAGCAGUGGCGCAACUAACAGGGAUGUGGGCAGCAGCUGAGCGCCGGCUCUCAACUAGUUUCAUUUAUAUUAAGAAGUUUAUUUAACAAACCACUAAUUAAUUUAUUACACACACAAACACAACCACAUACAUAAACAAUUUUUCAUUUUUAUAUUUUAUAUCCUUUUUGCUGAUACUUGGAUUGUGCUUUUAUUAUUUUAAGUCCAACAGUGUUCAUUACGCAUUAUUCACUAAUUAAGAAAAAAUUUCAAAAAUAUUUAUAAUAAUGUAUUAAUAGUAUUUUAAGCUGCAUUAUUGAAAAUAAUUGCAUAAAGU